UCGCCCCAGUCUUUUAGUCUUGUAUUUACAGAAAAACCUUAUCAGACGAAUCAAGAAAACUACCUUCGGCGUUGCGUCUAAAAGAUUAAAAAUAUUGUGGUUAUCUUUGAACCCGAUAGACGUUAUCGAAGAAGGAGCAUUUGCUGGAGUCAGGAGCCUACGUUUUUUGAGUUUAGUGGAUACAAAUAUAAGAAUCAUUUCACCCGGCAAGCUGUUGCAUAUGAUAACUAUUGACCCAGGACCAAUGAGAAGGAGACGCGCUGCAGAUUCCAUAGUCCUUGGGGAUACUCUAUCUAUUCAAUACCAGAGUUCACAAACGCAAUCUUUGUUGUUUGAAUGCGAAGAAGCAGAAGAGUUCUCGUCAGCUCGCGGAUAUCUCAUCACUCACAUUGGAGAAUUGACGUACUGCUCUCCCUGUCCGUAUGGAACCUUUAAAGAGAACGGCACAUGCUCGCCAUGUCCAGCAGGUGGUUUCUACCAAGACGAGCAAGCUCAAUACCAGAUCGUUUCUCAUGGUUUAGGAUGUAAACAGUGUCCCUUAGGAGCCUUUGUCAGCCCACAAACAUCUCCUGGUCGUCAGAGUUCUGAUUGUCAGGCCUGUCCAGAUGGAACUCGUCGAGAUCGUCAUGCACUAUUCAAAGCCUGUUCUUGUCUUGAAGAUCAUUACCGUAUCGAUCGAUUCAAAAAAUGUUUCCCGUGCCCACGAGGCUACAUGUGUACCAACGAGACCAUCAAUCUCUUACCUGGCUUCUUCUGGCAAUGGAAUUCUACAGAAGCUAAACUCACUUAUACAAAGUUUUCAACAGAGUUACAAGUCCCAAAGAGAACUUAUAACAAAAACGCGACUACGUUUGCAUUAGGUAUACCUAAGGCAUACGCCUGCCCUGUAAGUGAUGCAUGCAAGGGGGGCUUAGAAUCUGAAUGUACUGUUGGCUACGAGGGUCCAUUGUGUGCCGUCUGCAGCAGACAAUUCUACAUGCUGGCGUCUAUUUGCCGAAGGUGUCCAACUCUCCCUUGGAUUAUAGCUCAGGUUACCUUAGCUAUUCUAGUCUUGGUGGGUCUUUUCGCUUUCUUGUUCAAAGACAAGAAGGAAAAACGUGAUGGUAGAUCCCUUUCUGACAUCAUGACAAGCAGGCUUAAAAUCCUGGUUGGAUUCUACCAAGUGACUUCAGGAACUAUCUCCAGUUUCUCAUACGUCGAGUGGCCUGCUACCAUGGUCAAGCUGGUUAGGUACGCAGAGAUUUUCCAAAUGAACCUUCUUCAAAUCGCUCCGCUUCACUGCAUCGCUGAAUCUCUCAAAUCGGAUGCUCACGUCAAACUCUUGGCAAUUGUAGUUUUCAACACUCUGGCAAUACUCGCAGGGCUUGUUUACUAUCAUAUAAUGAAAAGACGAAAAACAAGACAGAAUGACAACAAUUCCAUUCCGGGAAAGAUCCUUCUUCAACAGCGAUGUUACCGAAUGGUUUUCCUCGCACUUUUCAUAACAUACCCCAUGACUUGCAGCUAUAUCUUCCAAGUUCUUCCCGACGCUUGUCACAAAAUUUGCACCUCUACCAACGAGAAGUUCUGCCAGUUUUAUCUCAAGUCUGAUUACUCUGUCGCGUGUGGGGGUGAGAGGUUUGAAGCCAUGGGAAUUCUUUCUUAUACACUCCUCGUCUACCCUGUUGGAUUUCCAUCCUUGAUAUUUUUCCUUCUAUGGAAAUAUUACUACAGGUACGAAAAAGGCAAGAACCAGAACGAACAAAUACAGGCAAGAACCAAGAUUGUGAACCAGAAUGAGAGAAAGAAUUUGAAUCACGAUGGUAUUGUGCAGGGACUGAAAUUCAUAUACGAAAACUAUGCCAGUAACGUGUGGUUUUGGGAGAUCAUCGAGCUUGUUCGCAAGGUCAUCAUAACGUCUGUCAUCCUUCUUGCUCAUGCUGAAAGUCGUACAUACCUUGGGAUAACAGCCAUAAUAUCAGGUCUAUACGCCGUGCUGUUUGCUUACUACAAGCCAAUCACAGACACCUUUGAACACUGGCUGCAGCUGACGUCCUUAUUGGCUACCAUGGUGAACAUGAUCGUUGGGAUGCUAUUGAAGAUCCCUAGUGACAGCUUGUCUUCUAGUGUUAAUACCCAGGUCGAUGAAGUUUUUGUCACGGUUUUACUGAUGAUUGCUAACAUUGUUGUGAUCGCUAUAAUGGUUGUUCGCUACAUGGUAACGUUCCUACAGACUCUCAAUUCCAUCAGGAAGAACCCACAUUGCUCCUUGUCCUGCUGUUUGUAUCUUUUGCUGACGGUGAGUGAGGCAGGUAACGACAUCUCGGGCAUAGACAACAACGAUGACCUUAAAACCUACCAAGAUAUGAACACGGGAGAUGAGCAACCAGAAUUGGAGAUGACUCCUGUUGGACUUUCAGUUGAGUUAAAAGAGGAUGACGAGAACGGCAAAAAACUAUGAAAUAGGCUGUGAAGGAACUGCAAAGAAAAUCGUUUUGUUGCUGCUGUUGAUGACGUUUUCAUUGCUGUUGCUGUCGCUUUUGUCAGUCUUGCUGCAGUUGUUAUUGAUACUGCUGCGGUUGUUGUUAAGUCUGGGUUUUUGCUGAUACUGUUUUCGCGUAUGACAUUGUCAUUGCUGUUGUCGUUGCUGCUUUUGUUGUUGCUACUGUUGUUGUCACUGUUGUUGUCAUUAAGUUGGUCUUUUUUUAAGUUGGUGUUGUUGCUGCUGUUGCUGAUG